AGCUCCUUCAGCUGAUUGAUUGAGCAAUAGCGUCGACGCACGGCUGGCUUGGAAAGGUGGGCUGUUCAUAUGGCUUUAAUGUUGAAACAUCUCGAGAGAUACAGAUGUAACAUUAAGACCCAGUUUCCUGACGCAGCGGCCGCAAAUUCCCACGCGCGCUAUUGUUAAGAGUUAAAAGAAGGAUAUGGACAGCGGCGAGUUAUUAUGUUCAGCUUGCAGAUCAUUAUGACAACACCAAGCUAAAAGUGCAGUCGAGCACAUGCGGAAGCGCGCGCUUCUUGUUGAAGGCAGCAGAAGUGAAGAGAGGUUUUGGUGCUCUGCUAUCAUGAGGACAGCCGUCAGACAGUGGCAUUGUCAACCCAGCAGAAGGCUGCUUCUUGCUCUUCUGAGCUUGGCGUUGAUUUCGCUGGCUCUUUUGAAACUGCCUGUCCUUCAUUCGGACCCAAAGCCUGUGGAGGUGCCAGUGGACCCCGUCUAUAGAAAGCGUGUCCAGUCCUAUGUCCGAGACAUACUGGCCCAAGAAUGCAGACCUUCUUUUGCCCGACAGAGAAUGGAGGCUGAACAUUACAGCUCCACACCAGUGCUAGAGCCCUUCUUGGACAAGAACACUCAUCCGAAUGAACAAAUAUUCCAAUAUCCCCCACCGUUUGGUUUCCUGGACAUGAAGAACCAGCUUCAGGAGAUCCUGGACCUCCUACCAGCCUCCUCUGAGGAGAGACGUGGAGGGAGGGACUGUUGUCGAUGUCUAGUGAUUGGAAAUGGAGGAAUACUGAAAGGACUAGGACUCGGACCUCUUUUUAACCAGUUUGAUACCAUCAUCAGAUUGAACAGUGGUCCUGUGCGAGGUUUCAGCGCAGACGUUGGGAACCGCACCUCUAUCAGGAUGAGUUAUCCUGAGGGCUCCCCGAAGGUCUGGGAAGACAUGGAUUCAGAUCUUAGAUUUGUGGCUGUGAUCUAUAAGUCUGUCAACUUCCACUGGCUUCGUGCGAUGAUUACCAAGACGUCCGUUUCGCUGUGGGACUGGCUGUGUUUCUGGCAGAAUGUGCCGGUGAGUCUCCCGCUCAAGGCCUCUCAGUUCCGUCUGCUGAAUCCAGAGAUUAUUAGAGAGACAGCUUUGGAUCUGCUUCACUAUCCCAGUGUUAGAGAGCGCCUCUCGAGCUGGGACCAGAAUGUCCCUACUUUAGGAGUGUCUGCACUCAAUCUGGCAACAUACCUGUGUGAUGAGGUGAGCUUAGCAGGCUUUGGCUAUAACCUCAGCCAGAAAGACGCUCCUCUCCAUUACUACGACCACAGACUCAUGACAUCCAUGCUAAAGGAAGCCAUGCAUGACGUUCAGACCGAGACGGUUUUCCUCAAGCGUCUGGUAACGUCUGGCAGUAUUACUGACCUCACGGGAGGAAUCCACUGCAACUUCUGUUCAAGAUGACUGUCUUGACUCCAGAUGACUGAGAGGGACAGACUCUCACAGUGGCACGUGUGAGGAAUAAUUCAGGAAAGUGAGGGAAUAACUGAAAACAGUCAUUGACACACUACGAAUGAAGCACUGCUGAGUAUUUUACCAUCUUUAAAGCUGUGAUGCUGAUGCUCUGGCUGUUCUGUUUUUUAUCAAAGCAAGGCCAAUCACAAAAAGAUUAAGGUUUUAGAUUAAACAUUUAAUUCAUUCAUUUUUAGUGUCUUUUGUUUUAAAAAGCUAUU